AUGACUGCCUUCGCGAGACUUGUUCGUUUCGCUUCUCCCAGGUCGGUGAUCCAUUACGGGGAUCUUCUGGCCGUCAGCGAGAAUCAAUAUACAGUUCGUAGGCUGGAGGGGAACCCUUUCACAGGUCUGAAAGCAACGGGAGAAACACUGGUGGUUGACUCACUGGAAUGCCCUAUCGAGAGCACACCUAUUGUGCUUUGCAUCGGACUGAACUAUAAGCAGCAUGCAGAGGAAGCAAAUCUUACUGUGCCCAAAUACCCUGUCAUAUUCACCAAGCCUGCCGAUGCGCUCGCUGGGCCUUUCGAAAAUAUUAACACCCACGCCGAUGCGCGCGAGUUUCUCGAUUACGAAGGCGAACUCACCGUUGUGAUCGGAAAAGACGCAAAAGAUGUGACGGAGGAUACUGCAUUAGAUUAUGUUCUUGGAUAUACUGCUGGCAACGAUUUGUCUGCACAAAACUUCCAGCUUCCGGAGAACUCUGGAGGACAAUACUGCUACGCCAAAUCUUUCGACAAGUUUGCGCCAAUUGGUCACGCAAUCGUGGCUGCAGAAGAAAUCCCCAAUCCCCAGGCUCUACGAUUAACUACCAAGGUAAAUGGUGUGGUGAAACAAGAGACUAGCACUGCAGACAUGAUUUGGACGGUGCGCCAGCUCAUCACUCAUCUCUCUCGCGGCACGACCUUGCGCAAGGGAACUCUGAUCAUGACCGGCACACCAUCGGGAGUUGGAUUUUUCAGGAAGGAAUUUCUCCAGAACGACGAUGUGGUUGAGGUGGAGAUUGAAGGCGUUGCGUCAACCAAAAAUUGCAUCCACCACGGUUGA